AUGCUUUCGUGGGUACGUUACUCGCUUACCUCACUAGGAACGCAACAAGACACGAUUCCCUUGAGAUCCGGACCCGAAUCUAGAGAUUAUAUUGAUGCAUCCGAGAGAUUAAGUACCAAUUAUAUUUCCUGCGCUGUCGAUGGCGCUGCCGCGGAAGAGAUCGACAAUGUUGCGGGGGAUACUGUCAGCCGGAACUGUAGCGGCGGCGUUGGCGCCGGUUUGGUCGUUGUAGAUGCGGAUGGUGAUUUGAGGGAAGGAACUGGGGACAGCAGUGACGCCAGUGGUCAGGGCCAGGAUGGCGGAUGCAAGGCGGGUUUGAAUUGCAUCGUGGUGUUUUGA